UGCAAUAUUUUCAUUUUGCCGCAGCCGGUUGCUUAUUACAGCAUUGCUCUGAUCCAAAGUCGGAUUAUGUUAAGAAAACUAACAAAACUGUCGACCCUAAAGGUCAGAUGUGAAGUCCGCGCCCUCUCCUCACUCAGUCAAACGUCGCAAAACAUAUUCGACCGCAACGCCAAGAGAUUGCAAAAGGAAAGAGCAGCACUCAGCGAAGAUGUUGGACUAUACGAUUACUUAAAAGAGGAGGUGGGCUUCCGCCUGGCCGACAGAGUAUUCGACAUCAAGCGAGAUUUCAAGGCGGCGGCGGACAUAGGAUGCAGUCGCGGUUAUCUGUCCAGACACAUCCUCGCGGAGAGCGUGGAGCAGCUGACGCUCACGGACACCAGUGCCACAAUGCUGGAGCAGGCACAGGGCACACCGGGUCUGAAAAUGGUGAAGCUAGUGAAGGACGAGGAACAUCUGGAUUUUGAGGACAACUCACUGGAUCUGGUCAUCUCCAGCUUGAGCCUGCACUGGGUGAAUGAUCUGCCCGGCUGCUUUGCCAGGAUCAAGCGCAGUCUGAAACCGGAUGGCGUCUUCAUAGCCUCCAUGUUUGGUGGAGACACUCUGUACGAGUUGCGUUCUUCGCUCCAACUGGCCGAGCUGGAGCGCAAAGGUGGCAUAUCCCCGCACAUCUCGCCCUUCACCCAGAUCAGGGAUAUUGGAUCCCUGCUCAACCGCGCCGGCUUUACCAUGCUGACCAUAGACACCGAUGAACUCGUCAUCGGCUAUCCCAGCAUGUUCGAGCUGAUGUGGGAUCUCAAGGGUAUGGCGGAGAACAAUGCGGCUUUCAAUCGACCGGCUCAUCUUAGUCGGGAAACGAUGCUAGCGGCCAGUGCCAUCUACCAGGAGCUCUAUGCAAAACCCAACGAGAAUGGCAUACCCGCAACCUUUCAAAUCAUCUAUUUUGUAGGCUGGAAACCCGGACCCAAUCAGCCACAGCCUCUGGAAAGAGGAACAGGAGAGGUGUCGCUCAAGGACCUGGGAUCGAUUAUCGAAAAGGGCGGCAAGCUGGACACAAAAACGGGGGAUUAAUUAGCUUAGCUUCAGUUGACAGUUUUAUUUGGAGACGUUCUUGAACAUAAUUUAAAUUAAAAUAAACAUAAUUUCUUUUGCUGAGAAACUUAAACUAGUGA